ACAGGAAGCAGCAAUCUCUUGACGACUGAGAACAGAGGCUGACGCGCUGGAAGAGGGCGUCGUUACAGUCCAUUUGGUCUCGUAAUUUUAACAUUUUAUCAAGAUCCAAGGCGGCAGAAAACCCUGGGAAUAUACUCGGGGCAUUGGAGGACGCACACAGCUACCCCAUUUCCAUUUUGUUUCGAGAAUUACCCAUUUUACGCGGUUGUAAGACCAUCGUUUUUCACACAAGGGCGUGUGGCUUUCCGGGAGUUACUUGUGUUAACCCUUGCAUGUUUGUAUUGUAUAUAUUUUAUCUUUUCACUUUUCAUCGGCCGGGGAAAUCUUUUAAGGAUGGGGUGUACCCUGAGCACGGAGGACAAGGCGGCGGUGGAGCGCAGUAAAAUGAUCGACAGAAAUUUGCGAGACGACGGAGAAAAAGCCGCAAGGGAGGUCAAGCUACUCCUUCUAGGUGCUGGAGAGUCAGGAAAGAGUACAAUCGUGAAGCAGAUGAAAAUUAUCCAUGAGGCAGGCUACUCAGAGGAGGAGUGCAAGCAGUACAAGGCGGUGGUGUACAGCAACACCAUCCAGUCCAUCAUCGCCAUCAUCAGGGCCAUGGGACGCCUCAAGAUAGACUUUGGCGACGCCGCACGAGCUGACGAUGCGCGGCAGCUGUUUGUGCUGGCGGGCUCUGCGGAGGAGGGCUUCAUGACGUCGGAGCUGGCGGGGGUCAUCAAGCGCCUCUGGAAGGAUGGCGGCGUACAGGCCUGCUUCAGCCGCUCGCGCGAGUACCAGCUCAACGACUCUGCCGCAUACUACCUGAACGACCUGGACCGGAUAUCCCAGAUGAACUACAUCCCCACCCAGCAGGACGUGCUGAGGACCCGGGUCAAGACCACCGGCAUCGUGGAGACCCACUUCACCUUCAAGGACCUGCACUUCAAAAUGUUUGAUGUGGGAGGCCAGCGGUCGGAGCGUAAGAAGUGGAUCCACUGCUUCGAGGGCGUGACGGCCAUUAUCUUCUGUGUGGCACUCAGCGACUACGAUCUUGUGCUGGCCGAGGACGAGGAAAUGAACCGCAUGCACGAGAGCAUGAAGCUCUUCGAUAGCAUCUGCAACAACAAGUGGUUCACGGACACCUCAAUCAUCCUGUUCCUCAACAAGAAGGACCUGUUUGAGGAGAAGAUCAAGAAGAGUCCUCUCACCAUCUGCUACCCGGAGUAUGCAGGGUCCAACACCUAUGAGGAGGCGGCAGCCUACAUCCAGUGUCAGUUUGAGGACCUGAACAAGCGGAAGGACACCAAGGAGAUCUACACCCACUUCACCUGCGCCACCGACACCAAGAACGUGCAGUUCGUCUUUGACGCCGUCACUGACGUCAUCAUCAAGAACAACCUGAAGGACUGCGGACUCUUCUAGAAAAAGAUCGUCUCCAGAAGAUGACCCAAAACGUCUGGUGAAGAGUGGGCCAGGCAAAUGAUGUGCUUUUGUUUCUCUCCUGUAAGUGAAAACAUUCUGAGCGAGCGUAUCGUAUGGGGAAAUCAGUCACGGACCAGUGCUGUACAUUAUGCCACUUUGAUCAGCUCUAUUUAUGUUUUAUUUUAUUACCUUUUUUGUCCUGGGACUUUUAAAAGUAGCAUUUUAAGAAAAAAGAAAAAAAAAUGAAUUUGUGUAGGAUGUUUGUAUGACUGUUACUGUCACUGCUAUGUUUUUAUUUCCACCAUUUUUUGUUUUUAUGUUUAUUAUGAUUUAACUUUUUUUUGUAAAGAAGGACCUGUCUCCAUUUGUUUUUGCUUUUUUUCUUUGGAAAAAAAAGGGCUUGCCUUUUCUGGAAAGUUCUUUUUUUUUAACACCGCCCCGCCCCACUUCCAUCUCAUUCCAUUCCCUGUCUAGAUUGUUGGAUAUAAAAAAAGGAUUUUAUAUCAAGUCCAGUCCGUUGGUACUUGUGCCUUCGCAUGCCUUUUUUUCUGCAGUCCUUGUGGAAACGCUUGGUUUGUUGCCUGCUGAACAGCUCCAACAUAAAAAAAACGUGUAAAUGUCUGUAUGAACCCAAACUAUUCCCCGCCCUUCCCCAUUCUACCCCACCUCUCCCCUUCAGUAUGAGCACAAACCUCCAGGUCACGUGUGUGUGCGUGCGUGUGUGUGUGUGCGUGCGUGUGUGUGUGUGUGUGUGUGUGUGUGUGCGUGCGUGUGUGUGUGUGCGUGCGUGUGUGUGUGUGUGGGCGUAUUUACACGCACACAAAUGUGUUUGAGGGAGAGAGUUUGCAUGUGUGCGUGACAGGUGUCUGUAUGUGAGUUGUGUCUGUGUAUGUACGUGUGAGCGUUUCAAUGUACAAGGGUGGAGAGUUGGGGAAAGGGACUAAAAGGAGGCUUUGUGGAUUAGGGAGAAAACAAACGGCCAAUCGGUGGUUGUGACGGUUACCAUGGCAACCGCCCACGAUAGAGCCCACUACCCCCCCGAUUGCCCCUGAGCCUGAAUCUCCUCCAUCAGAGGUGAGAGGCAAACGGGUGAACAAACGGGAAAAAAAGCGAAACUAACGAUUCACUCACCACCGUGUCCUCACCAUACCGCACUGCAGCGAGGUGAAGAGCUCUGGCUGUAAAGAAAAAAACACACACAGUAACAGCCGUCUCAAGCACAUAGCCAGCCAGUCAUCUAAACAAAAGAAAUGUAUGGGGAAAAAAAGAGGAAAAAAAUGAAAGGAUAAAAAGGCAGCAGCAUAGGCUACACACAGUGCAGAAAGAAAGAUGGCGUGACAACUAGCCCAACAGAUAGGGAAAUUACAUUUUACGACUUUCAGAGAGAAAAUGAAAUUCAAAUCUUUUGGGAGCUCCGUUUUUGAAAGACUGCAGUGGUGUUAUUGCAGAGAAAAGGUGAAAGAGCCAUGCAGGGAUGCAAAAAUGAUGAGAAAACUGCCACCAUGGAUUGUGUGUGUGUGCGCGUGUGUGUGCGCGUGUGUGUGUGUGUGCGUGUGUGUGUGUGAGAGGGUGCGAGAGAGAUUGUGAGUGUGUUAGGGAGAGAAAGAAGAAAAUAUGAGACGGACAAGAGUAUGUGUAUGUAUGAUGUAUGUUCUCCAUGAAGUGGGAACAUUUGUAGACCCAUUUCCCUUAUUUUGCUAAUAAAAUAUGGAAAAAACA